AUGAGUUUUGCGAGCUCGAGUUAAACGGCUCAUCCACAACGACUCUAAAGAAUAUAUUUUAGGGGAAAACUGAAAGUAGCAUGAGAUUUUGAAAAGAUGUAAAGUCCAUUUUAUUCUGGGUUUUUUCUCAUGUUCAAAGGGAAAAUCCUUGAAACUUGGACAUUAUUGGGGAAAAAAUUGUUUUUAUUUUUCUUUUUAGUUAAGUUUUAUGUAAGAGUUGCUUUUUCAGCCUAACCACCAGCUAUUUUCUACAACUAAUCGAGAAAAAGAUCCAUUGAUUUUUCUUUUUUUAAGUCUGAAACUCAAAUCCUGUUUAAACUGGAAAAGUAGAUCAAGAAAGUUCAAAUUUUUCUGAAAAGUGAGAAUCCGAAAAUUGGCUCGAAAUCAUCAGAUAGUUGUGGAUGUUUCAUUUCUUAAGGAUUCCUAAGAACUCUGAAUCAAAAAAAUAAUGAUAAAUUAAUCAAAACGUGAUGUCUCGUCGAUCCACUUCAUUUAAUUUUUUUAUUGGUUUAUUAUCAGCCUUUCAUCCCAGAGAAGGUUAGAAUGAUUUUUGGUUUCACGACUUCGAUUUAUCAUUGAUUAGAUGUUGAUGGAUGUGAUUUUUGUCCUUCUUGUCGGUUUUCUGAUCCCAUCAUGCGCAUCAAAUAAUAAGAAGGUAGUGAAAAUCCGGAAUUUUUCUAAUCUUCAGUUUAAGACGGCGGAAAAGGAGUCAUCGUCAUUAUCGGAGUCGGCGUCCGUGACGAAGGUUUCAACCUUUUUAAAUUUUAAGAAGUGUUGCUUUUGAAUCUUCAUUGGUAUACGAAAAACAGAAUAUUGUAAUUCAUCGCAAUAACUUGAGAGGAUUCAAUGAAAUAAAAUGUAACACUUAUAACAGUCAAUUUUUUUUUCCAGAGCGUAAAGCAUCGCAAGAAAAAAGCAAGCAAAGCAACUUCGGUAAGGAUAUUUUCUCCCUUUCAUUUAUUUAUUUUGUUUUUGAAGAGAAGUCCUCUGAAUCAGGACGGAUACAAAUCUCAAAACGUUGUCCCUCCAAACAAGGCAGCUGAUCCGUUUGCUGUAGCGGACGUUGUCCAAAACGCCAAUGGGGUGAAUCGUUCAAAUUUUAAAUGUAUGGGAGGGAGAACAUUUUUAUCAUUCCAGAGUUUUCCUCCAGCUCCGAAAGCUCCUGAAAAAGGAGGCAUGGUUGGCACAUAUGAUCCGAAUUACCAGGUUAACUGAACUUUCAAAUCGUUUGCAAACCUUUGAAAAACUCCAAAAUUUGCACUUCACAUACACUUACCGUCCUUGCUAGUUUCAUCAACAAAACAUAAGAUCAAGUUCAAGUUCAGACUCUAGCCGGACUGAACCCCGACUGUUUCCAAGAAAAAAAACCAGAAGUCGGAGGAGGACUUCCGCAGGUCAAAGCGCCGGAAAAGCAUCAAAUGGUCGGCACCUACGAUCCCAACUAUCAGGUCAUUGAAUGAUUCUUUUUAACAGAAAAUCUACUAGUUUUAUGAUUUUUAUUAGAAUUCCUUUCGCCUGAAUAUUCUAGAAAGCUGCAAAAUAACUCGGAAAAAAACUUUUUUUUGGCUGAACUCUGUACUUGACUCGCUGCAGGUUAUUUUCCGUAAAAUGGAAAAGCCUUAGAAUAUUUUAAAUUUCGAAUCGGACAAGAAAAUACUCAAACCGCUCUGAUCAAAAUGAGAAACACAAACAUGAAAAAAAAAAAAUCCCGGAAACCAUUAUAUGGCAGAAAAGAAAAGAAGGUUCAGAAAAUCACUUUUUUCAGACGCUCGCCGCGCUGAACAACGACGUUUUCAACAAGAAGAACGAGCCGGCCGUCGCGGUGGUCAACAAAAAUCAGUUCCUAACAUACUAG